AAGUUCAGAAAUAAAACCGCUCUGGCUUCACUUAAUAGCCAAAAUACUGUGGGUAAUUGAAAAAAAAAAAGAACUGAGGUAGUCAGUGAUUUUUAAAAAUGCAUUAGUUAUUUAAUAGGACCUAUAAAGUGGUCCCUGAUAGCAAAACGUCUGAAACCCACUACAGUAGAGUGACUGAGCUGAGCACAUAAGGUUUCGUGAUGGAAAAAAAUUAACAAAACUAUAUAUAAGUAACCAUAUUAUUAAUUAUAAAUAUUCAGAACUUUUUUCCACUUAAGCCGUAUACACUUCAUUGUGCGAAUGUAUCAACUGCAGACACACACACACACACACAGACACACACAAACUGCUCUCAAAAUAGGGCUCAAAAUAGAGAAACCCGGAAGUGUAGUUUGCAGAACCGUCAGGAGCAGUUCCGCGCUCUGUUUAGAAAACUACAAGUCCAACAAUUCCCCGCGGGAAGCUUCGUGCGCACGCAGCUGUCAGAGAGGCUUGCUAAUGGUGGUUGUGUGAGGGACAUUCAGAUGACUUUGUGCUGUGUUUAGCAGCGCGGUUUAAUCGCCGGUUUAUUUAUUUUCGACAGGCAGCAAUUGCUAAAACGCAAUGGAGGCUCUUAUUCCUGUCAUUAACAAGCUCCAGGACGUGUUUAACACCGUGGGCGCGGAUAUCAUUCAUCUGCCGCAGAUCGCUGUGGUCGGGACGCAGAGCAGUGGGAAAAGCUCCGUGUUGGAGAGUCUGGUUGGCAGGGACCUCUUACCUCGCGGUACUGGCAUCGUGACGCGUAGACCACUCAUCCUGCAGCUGGUGUAUGUGGACCCUGAGGACAGGAGAAAGACGAGUGAGGAGAACGGUGUGGAGAGUGAAGAAUGGGGUAAAUUUCUACACACUAAACAUAAGAUCUACACAGAUUUCGAUGAAAUCAGGCAAGAAAUUGAAGCUGAAACAGAAAGAAUUUCUGGCACCAACAAGGGCAUCAGCAAUGAGCCGAUCCACUUAAAGAUCUUCUCUCCUCAUGUGGUGAACCUCACGUUGGUGGAUCUGCCUGGUAUCACAAAGGUUCCUGUUGGUGAUCAGCCCAAAGACAUUGAGGUCCAAAUCCGUGAGCUUAUUCUGCAGUACAUCAGCAACCCAAACUGCAUUAUAUUAGCCGUUACAGCCGCCAACACGGACAUGGCCACGUCCGAGGCCCUCAAAGUAGCUCGUGAGGUCGACCCCGAUGGCCGAAGGACACUGGCUGUGGUGACGAAACUGGAUCUGAUGGAUGCUGGCACAGACGCCAUGGACGUACUCAUGGGCAGAGUCAUUCCUGUUAAACUGGGACUCAUAGGAGUUGUCAAUAGGAGUCAGCUUGAUAUCAACAACAAGAAAUCAGUGACUGAUGCUAUCCGUGAUGAGUAUGCCUUCCUCCAGAAGAAGUAUCCUUCCUUAGCUAGCAGAAACGGAACCAAAUACCUGGCCAGAACGUUGAAUAGGUUGCUGAUGCACCAUAUUCGGGAUUGCCUGCCAGAGCUGAAGACGCGUAUCAACGUCCUUGCCGCUCAGUACCAGUCUCUGCUCAGCAGCUAUGGGGAGCCUGUGGAGGACAAGAACGCCACCCUGCUGCAGCUCAUCACCAAGUUCGCCGCAGAGUACUGCAACACUAUCGAGGGAACAGCCAAAUACAUCGAGACUGCUGAACUGUGUGGUGGUGCCAGGAUUUGCUAUAUUUUCCACGAAACGUUUGGGAGGACGCUGGAGUCGGUCGAUCCUCUUGGUGGACUUACGACCAUAGAUGUGCUCACAGCCAUCAGAAACGCCACGGGUCCACGUCCUGCUCUGUUUGUGCCCGAGGUGUCGUUUGAGCUGCUGGUGAAGAGACAGGUGAAGCGUUUGGAGGAGCCCAGCUUGCGUUGUGUGGAACUCGUACAUGAAGAAAUGCAGCGAAUCAUCCAGCACUGCAGUAAUUACAGCACCCAGGAGUUGCUGCGCUUUCCGAAGCUCCACGAUGCCAUAGUAGAAGUAGUCACAUCUCUCCUGAGGAAAAGACUUCCUGUCACUAAUGAGAUGGUUCACAACUUGGUAGCUAUCGAGUUGGCGUACAUCAACACCAAACAUCCAGACUUUGCAGAUGCCUGUGGACUCAUGAACAACAACAUAGAGGAGCAGAGGCGUAACAGAAUGAGAGACCUCCCCCAGGCUGUACCUCGAGACAAGACUCUGAAGGGUCCCGGUGGCCAGUCUCUGCCCCCCAGUGAUCAGGCCUUAACUGAGGGCGAUGUCGCUAAGGGCACCAGCUCUCAGGCUGAUCAUGAAACAGGCACAGGGACCUGGAGAGGCAUGCUGAAAAAAGGAGAAGAGGGUCAGUCAGAUGAGAAGCCGAAGCAGCCGGGUCCUCUGCCAGCCAGCCCUCAGAAAGGCCAUGCAGUCAACCUACUAGAUGUGCCUGUACCGGUUGUCAGGAAACUCUCAGCUCGUGAGCAGAGGGACUGCGAGGUCAUUGAGAGGCUCAUUAAGUCCUACUUCCUCAUCGUACGCAAGAACAUACAGGACAGCGUGCCAAAGGCAGUGAUGCACUUUCUAGUGAACCAUGUGAAGGACAGUCUGCAGAGUGAGCUGGUAGGACAGCUGUAUAAAUCGGGCCUGCUUGCCGAUCUGCUCACUGAGUCAGAGGACAUGGCGCAGCGCCGCAAGGAGGCCGCAGACAUGCUGCAGGCCUUACAGAAAGCCAGUCAGGUCAUUGCUGAGAUCCGGGAGACGCACCUGUGGUGAGGAUUCACACCUGCUGCGCAACCUUGUCUCACUCAGCCCACUGUCUGCAUCCAGCCUCUGGACGUUUCAGACAGGACAACUUGAAAAUGCACUGGUGUUAGCUUGUGUGUGUUCAUAGCGUCAAUAGUUUGAUAAUGUCACACACACACACACACACACACACACGCCAUGGACUGUCAUUGAAGUACACUGAGGGCAGCAUAUGCCAUUUUGUUACACACAUACACACACUGUCCCACUGUCCACUCUAGUGGUAUCUUUCAUAAUCUUAUCUCAUAUAAAACAACCAUGUAUGCCUCAUUUUCAUGUGUGGCUUACCAAGCACUGUAUGUCCCAGAUGUAGCUUCAAUUAAAGCUAGAAAUGUUAAACG